ACAAACUCAAAACAACAAAUCCCUUGCUGUCAAUUUGUAGCCGCUGCCUAAACGUCCUUCAAAGCGCGGAUUAAAAAUUGCACUGUAAUUUGCGCAAUUUGCCAAUUCAUCCCAAGUAUUAUUGUAUUUUACUGCCCGGACAGUUUAGCUUAGUGAUUUAUUCGAACGGAGCAUUCAAAUUAACCAAGUGAAAUGGGAGAAAUUCGCGACUGGCGUCCGUUUGUUUACGGUGGAGUGGCUUCGAUUACGGCAGAAUUUGGCACCUUCCCUAUCGACACAACGAAGACGCGGCUCCAAGUUCAAGGUCAGAAAAUUGAUCAAUCUUUCGCGGAGCUGAAGUACCGAGGCAUGACGGAUGCAUUUAUUAAAAUCUCCAAACAGGAGGGUGUGAAGGCACUCUACUCUGGCAUUUGGCCCGCGGUUUUGCGUCAGGCUACUUACGGGACGAUUAAAUUCGGAACUUAUUAUACGCUUAAAAAGAUCGCCAGCGAGAGGGGUUGGUUGCUGAACAAGACCGGCAGUGAAAGUCUCUGGUGUAACGGAGGUUGUGCAAUAGUGGCUGGAGUCGUUUCCAGUGCCAUCGCGAAUCCCACCGACGUGCUCAAGGUGCGGAUGCAGGUUCACGGGAAGGGAACCAACAAUGUGGGUCUGGUGAGGUGCUUCAAGGAAAUUUACGUGCACGAAGGUGUGCGGGGGUUGUGGAGGGGGGUUGGGCCAACGGCCCAACGAGCGGCUGUGAUAGCGGCGGUAGAACUGCCAGUGUACGAUUUAUGUAAGUUGCACUUGAUGGAAACCUUCGGAGAUCAAGUGACGAAUCACUUCAUAUCCAGUUUUGUUGCGAGCUUGGGAAGUGCUGUUGCUUCGACUCCUAUCGACGUGAUACGAACUCGCUUGAUGAAUCAGCGGCGCAUCCAGCUACAGGUACACAACCUAGGACCUGGUGGCGGUGGCGGUGGCGGUGGUGGUGGAGUGGGAACUGCAACAGCCGUUGUGCCUUCGGGGCACAAAAUUUACACCGGUAGUUUGGACUGCGCGAUCCAAACGGUCCGAAAUGAAGGUUUCCGAGCGUUGUACAAAGGAUUUAUUCCGACCUGGGUCCGAAUGGGACCGUGGAACAUUAUAUUUUUCAUAACUUAUGAACAGCUGAAGCAGCUAUACUAGAAACUGAGAGGGUCUGUUAGAAGUGUACAACUAAACAUUCGCGUACUCAUACGCGUGUAUCGAUUAUAAGUAGGAAAAUGAAUCUACAGAAAGUGAAAUUAGGGAAAAGGGAACAGAAAGAAUAGCUAUAUAUAUA